UCCUCCACCACCUCCACCACCACCACCACCACCACCACCUCCUCCUCCUCCUCCACCACCACCUCCACCACCACCUCCUCCAUCAACGAACAGCAAUGGCUUGGAGGCUGUCCAGCACCGCGCUGCUGCUGCUGAUGGUGAUGCAGCAUCCAGUCACAGCCCAGACGGGGCUGGACAAGACUCCCUCGGUGGACCCCCGGUGCCACGCCCAGUCUCCGUUCUGCGCGCGGGGCCGUCGAGGUGGCGGCCUGCCCACUGUGCAGCCCGAGGAUGGCCUCGUUGUGUUCCUGCUACGCUCAGAGGGCUUGGGCCGCCACCACGAGCCCUUCCUGUCCGAGCUCCAGAGCCACUUCCCUGGGCUGCAAGGCCUGUGGAGUAGCUACCGCGAGUCCCUGGGGUUCUACAGUUUCCUGAUGAAACGCAAUUUCACGCUGAGCUGGAACCCCCUGUUCGGCACUUCCUCCGGGGCGACGCCCCUCCUCCUGGACAAGGGGGGCGACCCCAUCUGGUGCAACGUAGGGGCCUCCUGUUUCACCUCGGUUGAGGGUGGCUCAAUGGAGGCUGCGAGCGUCGUCAAAGUGGCCGAGAUGACGGGUGAGAAUUUCAACCAAAUGGCCGCCUGGGUGCAGUCGCAAAACGCCACCGCGACGCCUUUCGACCUCUGGACGGUCUACAACGGCACGGGCAGCAACGCGACGGUGCAGUUCGACGCACGGGACAGCAACGGCUACGUGCAGGGCGUCAUCGCGAAGCUCUCCUCCAUCGGGGCCAAUUUCAUCGGGUCCGAGACUGCCAGGAGGUCACGGCUCGCCCUCUACAGCGACGCAGCCAAGUCCCUCGGAAACGGCAGCGACAUCUUCGGCCCCAAGUCGAAGCAGCAGGCGCUGGCGAAGGACAUGCUGAAGUUCUUCAGCUAUUUUCGGCCGGGCCAGACAGCCCUGCAGAGGGCGUUGAGCACCAUUGGUAUCUGCGUCGAGGUCAUGUACCACAAGCGGUUCUUCAUUUAUCGUGACGACACGUACUGGCAGCUGCAGAUGAUUUACCCGUACUUCUCUGUGACCGAUGAGUUUUGGCCGUUGCCUAAAGCCGCCUACGACUAUCCCUUCCUCCUAUAGUAGCCCCCUCUUCUCGCCCUUUAGCACAUUCGCAAGGUACACUCAAAGAAAUGGCUACUCGCUUGGUUGUUGCCAGAGGUCGCAAUCGGGUACCCCGAUACCCGUACCCUACCCGAUACCCGGCUACCCGUACCCAGCCGGGUACGGAUACCCGUUUGCGACCCUGGUGCGGCCGGGUACGGGUAGCCGCACGUGACUCACUCCAACCAAUGAGUGAGAAGGCCGUGAGUCACUGGUGAAUAACGGUUUGUCACUUAUUUCCCAACGUCUUGUCUCUUCUCACAAUUCAAGUUCCUAGAAUCAACCCACCCGCGCCUGCAACAUGGCUUCAUCCCAGAGGUCGCAAUCGGGUACCCGAUACCCGUACCCUACCCGAUACCCGGCUACCCGUAUCCGGCCGGGUACGGGUACCCGUUUGCGACCCUGGUGCGGCCGGGUACGGAAUCAAAACCCGUUUGCGACCUCUGGUUGUUGCUUCUUUGUUUUGUGACCCGCCUGCAGUGGCUUUUGCAGCCAAUAGCAAGAGAGAGACUAAAACCACGUGUUAUGCACACGCUGUUCUGUGACAUUUUGCAAACGUGCGUUUAAAUCUUCGUAUGCAUGUAAUCGGCGAUGAUGAACGUUACGUUGCCAUGUGUUCGACAGAUUGACAAACUAUGGCGAGUACUUGUAGCGUUGUUCCUUGUCGCCAAGAUUUUGGUUGAUGCUUUUCUUAGUUUGUCAUAUUUUUCCAUCGGGUAAGAAUCUCAUAGCAACAUAACGUUAGACUGAAACGUUGUUUGAAAGGACUAAUGUGGUUAACAUGUUAAGCCUUGCUAGGAAAAUCACAGAAAAUAAUGUUUGAAAUGUAUAUCAAAUGACCAUUGCAGUUUGUGUGCUUUUACUUUUUGUUUAACUGAUUUGUGUAACCUGUGGAAAUCUGUGGCUCGUGUAGUCGGGUAACGUUUAUUUUCAGUUUUUUUACAUAUGAUCUAAUUGGGCUCCUGGAAAUUAAACCUUGUUAUUUUGUAUAGUUUUUCUCCUCAAUAAAUUACAGGAGAACGAAUA